AUGGUUUCAUGUUUCGAAAUCCUUAAACUGGCUAAUCCUGAAUCGUCUAUUUUAACUUUGCUACGUUCGUCUACUUGUGUUGCCUGGAAUAUCUACCACACAUCCUUAGAUCAUCGUUUGGGUGAAAAGCUGAACGAAUUAGUUCACUGCGGCACAACAAUCAUCAAACACAACGGGCGGCGGUUCCUUCUACGCACACCCAUUUGUCCUGCAUUGAAGCUACUUAAUCACAUCACCGGUAAGCGAUUUUCCGGUUAUCAUCUUUUGGCUUGA